AGCCACCAAGCUGCGAAGAUAUGAGUUGAUCAUGGUGCCAUGGAGCGAAAACGACCAGCUGGAUCCGUCUUGAAAUCCACGGGCGCCACAGUCCUUUCCGGCCCCAAAAGCCUUGCAGGAGAUCCCCGCGCAGCGGCGCCCAGCGCGCCGGCGCUGUCUGAGUUGACGAAGAGCACUGGCAAACUCCCGGAGGGACGCACCAGAUCCUCUUCUCGGCAGCUGGUUGACCUGGGCCUCAAGGCAGAUGACCGCCACGAGAAAUCUUCGCGAGCUGAACUCAAUGCCAAGGAUUUGCCUGGCGUGCCAAGUGCUUUGAACGAGCCCUUGGUGGAGCAUCUCCCACGUGCCGAGCGCCCGGCCGUGCCGGCAGCGGCGCCUGCGGUAGGCAGUCGCGGCUGGGCCAUGGAGACAGAGACGGAGGACGACCUGGACGCUUUGCUGAAAGGCCUGGAUGCACCCAGCCCUGUCUCGGCAGAUCCGUCGCUAAAUCCGACCCGAGCAGAAACACAGCAGCCUGCAGUGGCCAAAACGUCAGAAAGCUGCACCUCCUGCGGCAAAGCCUUUGAGGCAGGUCAGAACAUCUAUGAAAGCUCAUUGACUGGUGAGAAGCAGAUUCUUUGCGGUGCCUGUUGGAGCAAGCAGGCUCCCCAUUGCGUAGCUUGUGGUGAGGAGAUCUCAGGAACCAUGGCGAAAGUUGGGGAGGACAUCUACCAUCAAAACUGCCUGAAGUGCACGCAGUGUCGGAAGCCCAUCGAUGGACAACUCACCAAGAUGGACUGCGGCUUGGUCUGUGGCAGCUGCUCCCAAGACAUCGAGCGAGAGAUCCAGGAACUCCGCUCCCUCCUGGCAGAAGGGGAUGAAACCGGCGCGGCGCUGAUCAUUGGUGGAUUGAAGGGCCGUGGCAUCAACCCCCCGGAGGUGUCGCAAGGCGACUUGGGGCACUGCAGCGGCUGCCAGCGCGGCUUCAAGGCUGGGCAACAAGUUUACGAAAGCCCGGAUGGCAAGACGCUGUGCGAAGCCUGCUACUGGUCCAGCGCUCCCAAGUGUUCCGCCUGUGGUACCCCCGUGGUCGGCACUGUGGCGCAGGUGGCGGAGAACACCUUCCAUCCUGACUGCUUGGUUUGCAGCAGCUGCAAGCAGAAGCUCACUGGUGCAUUUGUCAAGACUGACGCGGGCUUUCUUUGCUCCGAAUGUCGCAAAUGAGACCAAGAGGUCUAAUGAAAUUCUGGCCGGCUGUUUCAAAAAUAGAGAUGGGUCAAAUACAGGACACUUUUUUGCAGGGCGACCUUUAAUUAAUGUUGUUCAACCAUUUUGUCCAUUCAUUUCGUAAAGUUUUCUUGAUGUUCAGCCCUUUUUCAGCAUGAUCCCGUGAACAGCUCUUCUGUAAUUAUGGUUGGUUCGAGUUGAAACCACCAACCAGCAUUUUAAUCAUGCACUCAGGGGGGAUCCUGAUGUGUGUUCCCUGGAUGUGUCAUGGCAGUUGGAGUUGGGAUUUGAGUUUGUGGUUUAUGGUUUUGUG